UUGAAGGAAAAAUUAUUUAUCAGGAUGAAACUAACUUACUCUUCUCUUUUCAUAAAAUUUCAUUCCAGGGAAUGCGUCUGGAAAUCAAGCGCAAAUUAUUUGCCCGUUCAGAUCGCGUAAAAUGUAUAGAUUUCCAUCCGACAGAACCAUGGUUACUUGCAAGUUUAUAUAAUGGUAAUGUAUACAUUUGGAAUUAUGAAACACAGGCUCUGGUAAAAACUUUUGAGGUUACGGACGUGCCUGUUCGUGCUGCCAAAUUUAUCGCUCGCAAGAAUUGGUUAAUUACCGGAUCUGAUGAUAUGCAAAUACGGGUUUUUAAUUAUAAUACACACGAAAAAAUUACAACAUUCGAGGCUCAUCCUGAUUAUAUUCGAUGCAUUGCAAUACAUCCUACUCAACCUUUUGUCUUGACCGGUUCAGAUGAUAUGACAGUUAAAUUAUGGGAUUGGGAGAAAGGAUGGAAGAAUAUUCAGAUAUUUGAAGGACAUACGCAUUAUGUCAUGAACAUUAAUUUUAAUCCCAAAGACUCGAAUACAUUUGCUUCAGCUUGUUUGGAUCGUACAAUUAAAGUAUGGUCUAUUGGUUCCACUGUAGCGAAUUUCACACUUGAGGGUCAUGAAAAAGGAGUGAAUUGGGUUGAAUAUUAUCAUGGUGGCGAAAAACCAUAUCUAGUAUCCGCUGCUGAUGAUAAGCUUGUUAAGAUUUGGGAUUAUCAAAACAAAACCUGUGUUCAAACUUUAGAAGGACACACUCAAAAUGCCGCAUUUGCAUGUUUUCAUCCGGAACUACCUAUUAUUAUUUCUGGUAGUGAAGAUGGCACAGUUAAAAUUUGGCAUUCAAAUACAUAUCGUCUAGAGAACACUUUAAACUAUGGUUUAGAACGCGCUUGGACUGUUGCCUACCAAAAAGGAAAUAAUAAUGUCGCGUUCGGAUAUGAUGAAGGAGCUGUUUGCGUCAAGUUAGGACGUGAAGAACCGGCUGUCAGUAUGGAUAAUUCUGGAAAAAUAAUUUGGGCAAAACAUAAUGAAAUUCAAACAGCUAAUAUCAAAGCUGGUCAUGAUGAUAACAUUAAGGAUGGUGAUCGUUUACCUUUACCUAUCAAAGAUUUGGGUAGUUGUGAAGUGUACCCUCAAACAUUGCAACAUAGUCCUAAUGGAAGAUUUGUUGUUGUAUGUGGUGACGGUGAAUACAUCAUUUACACAGCACUUGCUUGGAGGAACAAAGGGUUUGGUAAUGGUCUUGAAUUUGUGUGGGCAUUGGACUCAAAUGAAUAUGCUGUGAGAGAAUCUACAACAAAAAUUAAACUUUAUAAAAACUUUAAGGAGAGACCAAAUGCCUUGAAAUUGAAUUUUAUGGCAGAAGGAAUUUAUGGUGGAACUCUUUUAGGUGUAAAGAGUACUACAUAUUUAAAUUUGUAUGAUUGGGAAACUGGUUCUAUCGUUAGAAGAAUUGAUGUUAUUCCUAAAAGUGUACAUUGGUCGGAUAUUGGUGAUCUUGUAACCAUUGCCUGUGAAGACACUUUUUACGUUUUACGAUUUAAUCGCCAAGCUUACACACAAUUCUUAGAAAGUGGUGGUGAAAUUGGUGAUGAAGGUGUUGAACAGGCUUUUGAGUUUGUAACAGAAAUUCAAGAAAGUAUCAAAACAGGAACGUGGGUUGGCGAUUGUUUUAUUUACACCAAUACUGUCAAUCGAUUGAAUUACCUCGUUGGUGCCCAGACAUUUACUAUUAGUCACUUUGAUACUUAUGCCCUUUCUUUAACCGUUAUUGAAUAUCAAACUGCUAUCCUUCGAAGUGAUCUUGAGACAGCAGAACAAUUGUUACCUACUGUGCCUUCUGACCAAAGGAAUCGCAUUGCAAGAUUCUUAGAAAGCCAAGACCUCAAAGAGCUUGCACUUGAAGUUUCAACUGAUGUUGAGCAUAAAUUCGAGCUUGCCGUCCAACUCAAUAAGCUCGAUGCUGCUGUUGAAAUUGCACGUGAAGUGAAUACUGAAACAAAGUGGAAGGCUGUUGGUGAUUCCGCUUUAAGUGCUUGGAAGUUUUCACUUGCUGAAGAAUGUCUCAAAAAAGCUAAAGAUUCAAGUGGCUUACUUUUGUUGUAUACUGCCUCUGGUAAUGCCAAAGGUAUAAAGGAGUUGGCUGAAUCAGCUGUUGCGGAUGGAAAGAAUAACGUGGCGCUUGCAUGUUUUUUGCAACUCGGUCAGGUUGAAGAUUGUAUAAGUAUACUCAUAAAAACCGAUCGUAUCCCAGAAGCAGCAAUGUUUGCGCGAACAUAUCUUCCAAGUCAUGUUUCAAGAGUCGUUAAAUUAUGGAAAGAAAGUCUUGAAAAACAAAACAAGAAAAAAGCAGCCGAAGCUUUGGCAGAUCCAGCAGAUUACGAAAAUUUAUUCCCGGAUUUUAAAUAUGCGCUUAUUGCCGAAGAACUUUCCAAGAAAGCUCGAAAUACUGCCAUUCCUGCUACAUCAUACACAGAAUACAAAGAUUCGCUCGAUCAAGAUAUUAUCGCUGAAGUAAAAGGGAAAUAUCCUGAAGGAGUUUUGCCAUCCAACUUAUCAUCUCCUUUACAUAGUCGUCUUGUGAACAGUAUAGCAAGGAAAAAUGUGAAUGGCGAAAUGGAUGACGAUGUUCUUUCGUCGGUAGCGUCCGUUGAUGAUGAUCGCACAAGUGUUGCUGAUAAUAUGAGCCUUUUGAGUAUGGAAGUAAACACGACCGGUACCGGAUCAGUUCGUGGAGAUGUUGACUUUGAUGAUGCUGCGUCAUUUGCUACAUCUGAACACGAACGUCCGAGUGACAAUUUAGGUUUCGAAGAGAAGGAAUUGGAAAGUUAA